GACUGAACUGGGCGAGGCGGGAACGCAGACAGGGGGAGCGGCCGGAGCUUCCGGGAAGGCCGUGAAGGAACGUGGGUCCUCGUCCAAGGGUGGAGGCGGUGGCAGUGGCGUACGGCGCCGGUCCAGGAGUCACAAGUCGUUGAGCAAGAGUGACACUCGCGGCAGCUUGCUAGGCGACAGUGGACACGUGAGGGCCGACAAGGGCGCGGACACUACGGACGCGGACGCGAGUAGCCUAGCCGAUAGCGCAGGGAUUAGUCAAGACAAUCCAUCGUUAGAAGACAACGGCGGAGCCGAACGUGAGCGGUCUGAUAUUGAACUAGACAGAUUAGAAAAUAAGCGAGAUAUCGAUGACGCUGGGAACGGCAUUGACGGGAAUAUUUCUGCGGACGAUGAAGGUUCCGUUGACGAAAAUGGAGUUGAGCGCGCUUUCGCUCCGAGCGAAGUUUCAGACCGUGCUUUGGAUAGCCACGUAGAUGGCGAUGAAAUCAAGCCUUCCGUGGCGGAGUUACUAAGCUCGGCUAAUGCGCCUGAACUGAUGGAGAAAAUUGAAAGUGCAGAACGGAAUGAACUCCACAGCGAUGCGGUGCAGCCAGUGACGCAAGAAGACGCAGGCAGGAUACAAUCUAGCGAAGAAAGUGCCGCCGGUGGGGAAGCAGGUGAUGACAUGUUGGGCCGGAACGCGGCGCAUAAGCCAGAGGUAGCCGAGGAACAUGAACACGGAGUUGAACCAAAUGAAGUCCAACAAUUAACAGGCACACCUGACCAGAAGCAAGCAGAAGGUGACGAAGGCCAGAGGAGUGUUCCAGCACCUGAUAAGUUUGACAAAACGGAAGGUCAUGUAAACACCACAGAUAUCAAUCCGGAAGACAUGGAUGUAAAGCCGGUUGCCGAACCAGGCGACUUACGCGAUAUCCACCACGAACUAGAAAAGCCCGAGGAAAGUGACAACCAGAAGGAUACUGCCCCCAGUCCGAAUGACACAGAAGCAAAGAAAGAAUUAGAAGGGGACGACUCGCACAAAUCCAUUCACCAAGUGCAAGAAAUUGAGACCAGUGAAACGAACGACAAGAGUGCUGUCACGAACGAUGAACGCAAGACAUUGGUAGCUGAUGAAAAUAAAGCGAAAGAAUUCGAAGCUUCUCGUGAAGCAAGGGGACGCAUACUAGAUGAAGGCAGCAAGCGCUUAGAUGGAAACAGCAACGACGCCAACGACGCCGAGGCUUCCGAGGCAAUGGUCGUAGACGAGAAACCCGAGGAACCACAGGACGUCCUUGACAAUGCCCAUAGCCAUGUUGAGAAUGAAGGCGGCGACGGUACAAAGGUAGACGAUGCAGUAGAAGGAGGGCUGGAACUCGACACAGAGAGAAACGUGUCCGGGGUUGGUACUCGACCAGGAACAGCCGUAGCAGCAGAGACAACUUAUUCUCAGGGCGAGAAAAGCCACAACGAGCUUUCGGCCGAUGACGCUUCAAGGCCAACUGGUGACGACGCAGAUGUCGAAGAUGGAGAAAACCGCGUGAGCACUCCAGAAGCAAAAGUUGAAUAUGGCGAUGUUAUAAAAGGCGUAUCAAAUGAAGAAGUUAACGAUGCAAGUAAUGAUGCUGCGGCAGAAUCAAGGGAAGUGCCUCGAGAGGCGAAUGAUAUCGCUAAUACCGCCAGCGACACUGAAAGGAAAGUAAGUGGCGAAGAACGUGAUCAAGACAGCGAGGAGAAUGUGAACGGUCUUCCUGAGGUUUAUCAAAAUGAACAGAAUGAAGAACCGGCGCCUAAUGCAGAACCGAGCGAAUAUGCUACUAUUUCGAACGAAAAUGCGAACGCAAGCCAGGUUUCUGCAAGCGAAGUCGAAGCAUCGCCACAUGCUGUAAACGACGAAGAAGCGAACGACUCUAUCACGCACGACGCUACAACAAUUGAACCCACGGCUGUUAGCGAAAACAACGAAAAAACGAACGGUGUCGAAAAUUACGCGAGUGAACCUGCAGCCGAGACGUCAACGCCUCUUGAAGGCGUUGAUGAUGGGAAAGAUGAAGACACACACGCAGAAACGAAAGCAGACCCUAUGUCAAACGAGGAAAGCUUAGAAAAUGAUGACAAAGCUGUCAACAGUGAGAAAACUCAAGACGGUAGCUUACCUACCACGACAAAGGAAAAAGAUGAGCAAGAGAGCAGUACUGAGCCAGAUGUAGUUGAGUCGGACGUCGUGCCGAGGAAUGAAGUACAGAUGACAAAUACUAGUGCCGAUAUCAGCUCUCGAGACUCAACAGAUAAUGAUAGUAACAAUGAAAAGCUUAACAAAGAAGGCAUGAUAACUAGCACGAGAGGAGACACUUCUGAAGAAGAUGUAAGUCGAGAUAACGCAGAAGAGGACGUUGCGCGCGAAUCGAUCCAUGACGGCAACGAAGGACAGGCGGAUGGUGCAUCCGAUACGCCGAACAAUCACGAAGCAACGGCCUUGGAAACCUUGCACCCUGCAGGGACUACACAAGAGGUGUUGGCCACAGAACAGGAGGCGGAGGAGCAAGAGAAACAAAAUCGUCGCAGCGAGGACCCUGCCUCUCCAGAUUCAGCGCCGAUCGUUGAGGCUGAAGAAGGUAACGCGGAACCAAUCCUCACUGCCGGCGAAGAAAAAUGCAACGAAGAGGGACAAGGUGACACACACCUUGAGGGCAAAAGCGUUGAUAACGAAGACCACAGUGAUUCGCUUAGGCAACACCCGCUUGUAGAGGGUCACGAAAUAGAGAGAACAGAAGUGCCCGAACAGGAGCAGCAGGUAAGUGAGACCGAAGUCAAGGCACCGAACAUGGGUAGCGAAAAAGCUGAAGACGCCGACACGCGGGAGUCAGCUGAUGUCGCCGAAGCGAACGUCGAACAAGAAACAGCUGAAGAAACCGCUCGCUCGAGGGGUGAUACAGAGGAAGCUGGCAUCUCUGAGGCGAACGCUGAACUAGAGGAAACCGCAAAGGCCACAGACAGUGACGCAAGUACGGAACGAAUUAAAAAAUCUGAUGCCGAUGACGUACAAAAAGUACAGGCGAACGCAAAAGAACUUCGCCACAGUACGAGUGAUACUAAAGAACCCGACGGCAAUGCCGAAGACGCCGUAAAAUCCGUAGGUCCAAAAGACGUUGCCGAGGAAACGGAAACGGAUGUGCCCACUGCUACUACGGACCGCGCUUCGCCAACCACUGACGCAGACACGUCGCGUACCGAGGAGGACAGCGCGUUCGCCGACGGUACGUGCACCAGCACUCCCUCGCCUGCCACGAGCAGGGCCGAGUUGGCGUCGCCCAAGGACCUCCUCCGAGACGGCGAGAACCUCGACGAAGGCAUCCUAGCGGACGAGCCGCCUGCAACGAGGGGCUCUUCGCAAGACCGGGAAGAGAACGGAGAAGGCGACGGCGCAGUCGACGCGACUUCUUCAAGCAGCGGCCGAGGGAGCCGCGGUACCGUCACCGAAGUACCGCUACCCGUCACGCACAAACCGCAGAUCCGGGGCCCACAACCCAACGCUUCGAGGAACGCGGGAGCUGCGAAAGCGGCGAAAAUCAGGGCUCCGAAGGGCGUCGGCGUGCUGCCGUCGAGGUUCAAGCCGCCGACGACGAAACGAAACGCGAAGCAACAUCCCUUGAUUGCCGGGACUGGAGGCGUGCGGAGGAUCCGCUCCGACGGCGAGCACAUCCACCAGGCGUCCGUGGCUGCAUCGAGAACUGCGCUGACGACGCCAGAGCAGCAUCCGGACAAUGCCAGCAGGCUGCUCGGCAGGCAUAGCCGCAGUGUAAACAUGGAGGAACAAGGACUCGUUGAGAUCGCGAGGCUACAGAAAAAGCUGGACACUCUUCGGGAGGAACGACUCGCAUGCGAAGCCAAGAGGGAAGACCUUCUGCGACGCGCAAAGUUCCUCCAAAGCAAGGCUACGUCUACACGAGACCAAGCACGCGACAUGUGGCGCCGCCGCUACGCCGAGGAAAAGAAGAUCACGCCCAAACUGGAGGAAGAGAGCGCCCGCUGGAGGCUGGAACUGGAGCGGCUUCACCGGGAGCUGCUCGCCAGGGUCGAAGGAGAGCUGCGCCUCACCGGCUAUCCGCGCUUCGAGCAACCCUCGAACAAGCUGAGCUACAAAAUAAUGAUCGCCAAAGUGCUCCAAGAGAUUGAAGACCUGAAGCGGCGCCUGGAGUAUACCCGAAUAUCUCUCGGAGCCGAAGUCAGGCUACGGACGCACGCAGAACGGGAAGUAAAGAACCUGCGGGAGGAUCUGCUGAAGAAGAAAAUCCAGGUCACCCUCACAAAGAAAGAAACACAGUCCGUGAUGGCACCGUUCCUCAGAGACUCCUUCUACUUCGUCGGUCCCAUUUAAGAGACACACCAAUAUCUGAAAUGUAUGUCACGCUCUAUAGGAGAAUAAAAAAAAAGAGCGCAAGAAAGAUUAUAAGGUACUGUAAAGAGAAAGUGUUAGCGAAACGUUGCGCAUUGUUACGACACCGUUCUUAUUAUCCACUUUGUUCGACGCUGCCAGAUAGCUUUGACAUCAUUUCAAACUGGAAAAAAGAAACUCGGAGUAACUGUAUCCAGUCGCAGUUUACCGAGAUGGCGUCGUUCAGAGAGAACCGUCUGUUGUCACAGCCGCUUUGCCAGCAUUAUGUCGCGUCUCUACCAAGGCAAAAGAAAAAUAACCUUCAUACCGUUCGAGGCAGAAGCCAUAGCGCGUAAUCCCAAGGCCACAGUGUUAUAAAAGCUGCAGCCAAGUUUGUAUCAAUGCGUUGCGCAAAGGGACGGUAAAGUUUCUGGAUUGUGAAGAUUGUUCGCGACGCGGUUUUCCGUGUCGUCGGCACGGCACCCACCUCGGUGCAUCGUUUACUGAAAGGUCUCGCGUUUCAAAGUGUGUCAAGGUAAAUUGGAUCGAAGCUUCGUUAUGCGCACGGCGAAACCCUAACGAAAGGAAUCGACAAAAAUGCGAUUCACUCAACCGGCAGAAAAAUUUACAUACACGUCAGCUCGAUGCGUUUGGUGUCUCCUGGAGUGUAGAGCCUUCCAACUUUUACCAGAAAGCACACAAACUUAGUGGAAAACUACGCUUCUCCCACUCGAACACCCGUACAGCAGAAGAAGCGUUCCCUGUCUAAGUUUUUGACAAAUCACAGCCAUGUGAGGGAAGAGUUACGACUCGUGAUAACAGCGUUUUCAUUCUACAGGAACGGAAGCCGGGAUACCACGCGUCGGUAGCUACAGGAGUGUAUACGCUACCAACACGGUUGCGUAUACACUCACAGAAAAAGAAAAAAAAAAAGAGAGAGAAGCAAUCAGCUCCUGGCAGGAAGAGAACGCACAUGUUUCACGGAACAUCGCGCGACCCGGUGCCAUUCAUUGGGCGCGUCAUAUCAGGAAAGUGCCAGUCUACGGGGGCAGAACACACGCGACCUCGACGUGGUGAGCGCGCGUUCACGGUACGGUACACGCGGCAAUGCAAUGCCUGCGACUCUACUCGCGAGCUCGUUUCGUGGUGAGAGCAAUGGCGUGCCACGGUGUCGUUUAGCGCGCGGGCUUCAGAGAGAGGCCCCUGUGCACGACAAUGCAGGAAAAACAACAGCACAUACAGAUCAUACGUAACAUGUUCGUUUAUUCGGCGUGCUAACAGUGCACAACAUCAUGCACUCAGUAUACGGUAACCUUCAGAAAGAUGUGGAUUCUCGCAUAUUUAUGAGUAACUGGCAUCCUGUGCUCUAAGAAGAGGUAAUCUGCCGUAAAUAACGUUUUUUUUCUUUUACUCUUAAGAUAGCCAGUGUGAGACCUGAAGUCCAAGGAUUACAUCAUUCGGGGUAACAUUCACAGGAGCUAACGAUAAGUAAAUGUGGCGGUGACGGAAUCCAUGUUACAGCACUCGAACGUUGACGACUUGCGUCAUUAUUUAGCGCACGUUGCCCCUGCAAAUCUCAGUAACCUCGACCCUACGUUGAGACCUAACGAAAAUAACCAAUGCAUCCAAUUCUGCGCGGCUCUUGCACUUAUAUACGCUGACAAGCGCCACUUAAUUACAAAAAUGUGAAAAUGUGCACCUUUUACUUCAUUUAGAGUACAGUUCUUGAACGCUGUUCCCAUUCUUUUUCUUCAAAGAUUAAGCUAACCUGACAUUAGAAUCCACCAGUAUAUUUAAGCUAAAACAGAUAAAAUACGCUUAAAGGUCUUUUUUUUCUGACGUGUCUAAAAUACGCUAGAUAAAUCGGAAAACCUAAUAAAAAGCCAGCAGUGCUUGCAGAAUUUCCUUGUGUCCCCCCCACUCGCAGUAUAAAAUGGUUGAAAGACCAUAAAAGAAAACAAGCUAAAGCAAGACUGGUAUGUUGCGCUUCCCUAAGAUACUUAGGCAGCUUUAAACGACAGUGGUAACUUCUAAUGUCUGAGGAUGAAGCAAUAUCAACGGACCACUAGCGACGUCACCUUCAAUUUCUCGAACUAGCUUCUCUGUGACGUAACAAUAUGUUGAGGUGCCUUCACGGAUAAUGUAACUAUUCAAUAUAAUUUCGAUGAGAACUGAAAGCAGCGUUUCUCAGCUGUUUACAGACUUUCGCGAGCACAAAAUUCCGCGAGGGGAUACAGCGAGACCUUUGACGUCACAUCGACGUCAUCGCCACCGGAGCUUGGACGUGAAAUUCGAUAAGCAGAGUUUAGCGUCAGUUCUUCCGCCAAUUUUUUUUCGCGAAAUGUAGAAAUGAGUAAUAUAUUCAAAAUAGUAUUCAUCCGAGAAAGCUGUUUCUUCUGUUGUUGUCUGUACGCUCUGAUCUUUGCCAAACGCUUUGGUGCUGUGCUUUGAUACCCAUUCAGUCCAGUAUGGUAAAAAUUAAACCAAAGCUUGCUAGAUAGUACUUGUAUUGUAAAACGUAAAAGCUUCCUCACAAUUCUAAUGGAGGCAAGCCAUAAUGCGUGGAAGAAAAGCUUACGUGAAGACACUCUGUACUGUUACCAAUGUGAAAAAGUACUCAGAAUAUCUUGCCUAUGUCCGCCAUCGGUCAUGUAACAUACCUUCUUAUGGCUCUGUCCGUGCCGGCAUCAUUACGCAGGCCAUAUGAUCUGUAAAAUAAGCGCAUGCAAAAGCUUUCAUGUACGUUGACGUAGUUAGAUCAGGUGGUUUUGGCACGUCUCACUGCCAGCUUACCAGCUACACAGACCACGGAAACACACAGAUAGUGUACAUAUAGCAUUUGUGGCAUCUUACCUGAGCACGUCAGCCUUACUACUACGUCGUGCGACGCUAACAGAAUGGGGUAGCUUAAGGCAAACUCAGAUUCCCCCGCUCGAAUGGGUGCGAAUAGCAGAAGCACUGUUAGUACGUAACAGAUGAAGCGAGCUUUAUUCAUUGAAAAUACACUUCUGGAGAACUUUGAAGGCACGCUUUCAAUAUGGGCUUUCAAGAUUGUUAGUUCGUUUUUUAAAAAGUGCCGUGAGGUUGUAAGCUGCCUCAAAGUUGCAUAUUGAAGUACACUGACAUGUCAAGAUUACGAUGACUCUACACGGGUGAAUAUUAAAACCGUAUGAAACGUUCUCAAUGACGAUGUAUCAGCUUACGUUUCACGAGGAAAGGUUAUAUUGUUAACUUCAGUAUUGCAAAUACCGUAUAUGGAGAAACCACUGGCAUAUUCAGAUGUAUAUCACUUUUUCUCUGCGUUGACUUUUUCCAAAAGGUGUUUUUCACAGAGCUAUUGCAAAUAUUUAUGCUGCUGGGCUAAAUAAUCGUAAACAUAUUUUAUCUUCUUGGAAACUUCAGUUCUAUGUUCUCAUUGUUCAUUUUUUUGUGUGAAAGUUGACAGUAUAAAUCGAAAGUUGCUUUCAAGCGUGACUAGUUUACAUUUCAAUGCACUAGUUUAGCUCAAACUGAUUCAGCGAUAGCCAAACAGAACCGUUUCUGCUCUUCGCGUGUAUUCGAAUGGGGAGCCAGUCAGCUAUAUCUUCCAUUUGACGGAAGUGCUGGCACAAAUUUCUGUGUUUCUUGUUCUCAAAUCCCCCCUCUAUCUUCAACGAUUAUUGACCCGAUUUUUAAACUGUAGAGCAACACCAAACGUUGGUAUAUUUAGGUGCUAUAGCUUAGAACAAUAGCAGAACAGAGCGUUUCAUUCCAUCGUCUAUAUUGAUUUUCUCGCAUGGUUGACCAGCACAAAGCAAUGUCUUCUCGUUCAGUGCGAGCUCUUCUUCACAAAGAGCGCUGCAAGCAGAUAUUGUUUAUGUGUUGCCGAUGUGACAGUUGACAGAGGUGUGUGUGCUCUAACAUAAACUUUGUUAUUUCAACACGAUGGAGUCAUUUUCAAUGUGUUGUUCAAGUGCUGCGCGGAACGGUAUUUGAACGACGGCUUUCGGUCAGCAGAUAAACAAGGCAAAAAAAAAGCUAUAAACGUGGAUCUCAGGUGAAUAAAGUCUGUAUGUUUAUCUUUUUA